CAAGACGAGAAAGGCACGACACCAAAGAGGGCGAAAAAGAAUGUUGCGAUAAAUAAGCGAACGCAUGAAGUUGAAGAGGAAGAUCAUCCGGAUGUUUAUGAACGACCACUCAGAGGCUGGGUGGUGAUAAUAUAAAUAAGAGGAUGAAAAAAUAAAGAUGGCGCCACGUCCACGUCUCCUUUUUGCAGACACGCGCGAGUGCUCUUAAGUAUAGGCUGUCACUCAUCCGGGGAGGAAAAGCCUUAGGAAAGGGAAACUGGAGACAAGGCCAGGAGGCGGCUACGUUGGAGACAAGUUCGGCGAUUAUAGGGAAACUCAACAGGAGGCGCAAGCUCAAAUUAAGUUUAAUCGAAUACGGUUACAAAAAAGAGCUGUUUAGUAUUAACUAUUACAAUGUACUUUCGCUUCCCACCCAGCUUCGUCUCCCCCGCGGAUGAUUUUUUCUCAGAGAAUUUGUUUAGCGAAGCCCGCCUUUGCUCUUUUUAGGAUACUUUCAUUUUUGUAUGAUUUGUUGAGGUUAAAUAAGACACUCUUGAUGAUCCCAGCAAAGUAACACAGCGAGAAGGAGGAGGAAGGUGAGGCGGACAAGGAAGAAGCAAGCAGAUGCUAGAGUGAAAAGGAAAUGGCGACUGCGUUUUGAGCUGAAGCACAAGAACAAGCAGAAAAAUAGCUUUUUAAAUUGUUAGGCCGGCACUUAUUGCCAACAGCAAAACAUUUAUCAGGCCGAUUCACUACACUGCUAAGUCCCACAAGAUUUUGUAAAUUGGUUGAAUAGAAUGCACCUUUUUAAUUAACCUAAUUAAGAAAACAAAAUAUCAAGCGGUCGCAGCAACUGCUUUAAUUCAGUUUUUUACUGAAAGAAAAAUUAGUCUUAGUGAGGCCUGCUCACAUGAUCUUCGCUGUUGAUAGCCUUGUUAAUUAUUUAAUCUCCUGGUUGUUUAGGCUCUUCUCCAGUAAGUCACUUUUCGAUGGGCAGGCAUGUCAUACCCUUGCAGGUUGUAACACUUGCUUUCAGGGCCCUACACUGUUAGGUCGUGCCUUAGUUGUUCUACAGGGGCUAUUGUAAUAUAGUUCCCUCCGAUAGUCGUAGGUUUUGGCCGUUGUGAUACGGUCUUCUUGCUCCCCCGGUAUGUAAGUUUUGUAAAUGGAUUGUUUAAGUAGUUGAAUGGGAGGUGGCAUGUAGUCCUAUGGAAA